AUGCGUGCUUGGUUGCGGGACUUGGAGAGUAAGCGCGAGGGCGUCCCGUCCAUGCUGGUCCUGACUGGACCGACGGGGUCUGGCAAAACUGCAGCAGCUUAUGAGCUCCUCGAGGAGUCGGGCUACGUCGUGAUGGAGAGGAACGCCAGCGACUACCGCACCAAGUCCGCGCUGGAAGACGACCUGAUGCUGACGUUCGGCUCGUCGUGGGGGAGUGGAUUCAAGCAAGCCGUGCUGGUGGAGAGUAUAGACGCGAUAGCUAUAACCAACAACAAUUGCGGCCUCGAUGUGCUGGCCCGAAUAGCAGAUCACCGAUGGGAUGGGGAUGCAGACCCGAAGUAUGCCGUCAGAAAGUGCCCCAUCCCCAUAAUAUGCACGACGAGCGAGGAGCCCGGCAAGGGCAAGCUUUACGAUCUGGUGAAGAAGGCCUCUAUGGUCCGAUUCCCGCACCUGGAAGCCGAAGUCCUCGAGGAGCUGGCGGGCCGCAUACUGCACUCGGAGAAUAUAGCAUACCAGAGGCAAGAUGUGGCGAGACUCUGCCUCAGAGCUGCAGGAGAUGCGCGGUGGUUGCUCUGUGCACUGGAAUUGGAAUAUGGCCAUGGAAGGGACGUUCGGAACGAGACUCUCGUCGCUCAAGGUACGGACCGUCGUAAGAUGGACGAGAUGCAGUUGACCAGAACGAUCCUGUACGAGAUGACGACGGGGCCGGGAGAGAUCGCCAGGAUGGUCCGAGCUGGUGCGUGCCAGGAGUCCUACGCCAUCACCUCGCUCGUGCAGGAGAACUACCCCUUCGCCUGCAGAGACGACAUCGGAGUAGCGGCCAGAGCGGCGGACGCUACGUCCGAGAUGGACAUGUUCGACGAUUACAUCCACAGGGAGCAGGAUUGGGGCUUCCUCGACCACAUGCUGCACCUCGGGCCUCUGAGGGUCGGAUACGCAUUGGCGGAGAGUCGAGAGACGCCAGUUCGAAGCAGAAAGCGGACGAUCAGAGAGGUCGAGGAGACUCCGGACGAGGGGCCGAAGAGCAACGCCUUUGGGAAGCGAAAGAGGAGCAAAAGAGGGAUCAAGCGGAGAACGGAGGAAGGCAGCAUCAACAUGUCGUGCGCGUGGAGCAAGCUCUCGUACGCCGCAUCCAGGGCCAAGAAACUCUCCGAAGUCCGCGGCAGCAUGCGUCUGGCGUGUAGGGAGCUCGCUUGCGUGGACGGGGAGUGGCUGUACUACUUCACUCAGAUGAUCACGACAGAGAUGAAGCAGACCGGGAAGGAGGACAACGGCGUGACUGUCCUGUCCAAGUAUGCCAUGAUGUACAACCUCAGCGCAAAGACGCUCGACGAUGCUCUGAAGAUGGUGGGCAACGGGGGAUUGAGCAGAGCGGUCAUCAGAGGCCUCGCUCGAAGACUCGCUCCGGAGAGGUACAGCCCCGAGCUCUUUUCUGGCGAGGAAUUCGAGGACGACUACUCGGACGACUCUGGUUCGGACGCCGAGAGCACGGCUACGACCGAGACGCCCAAGGACGAUUCGGACGAUGAUCCGGACUACGUGGAAGGAAUGGAGACGGAGGAAGUGAUUUCGGACGCCGGGGAUGAGGAGGAGGAUUCGGACGCGGCGUCCGAAACGGACGGAGACGAAGAUACUUAA